AAAAGAAAAGUGGAGGAUAUUUCCGUUUCCUUUUCAUGGCCGUCAGCCAUCAUGGGUAUUUCGCGAGAUAAUCAACACAAGCGGCGUGCCACUGGUGGUAAAAGAAAGCCACUCCGUAAGAAGAGAAAGUUCGAAUUGGGCAGACCACCGGCAAACACUAAGCUCGGACCUCAGCGUAUCCACACUGUACGAACAAGAGGUGGGAAUAAAAAAUACCGAGCAUUGCGUCUUGAUCAUGGGAACUUCGCCUGGGGCUCAGAAUGUUGUGCAAGAAAGACCCGUAUCAUUGACGUCGUAUACAAUGCCAGCAACAACGAGUUGGUGCGUACCAAGACUCUUGUGAAGAAUGCUGUCGUCACGAUUGACGCCACCCCAUUCCGUACCUGGUACGAGACACAUUAUGCUCUACCUCUGGGUAGAAAGAAGGCGUCAAAGCUGACCGAGGAGGAAGAGGCUAGGAUUAACAAGAAGCGCAGCAAGAAGUUGAUGAAGAAGUAUGAGCUGCGUAAGAAGCACGCUAAAGUAGAGCCGGUUCUUGAGGAUGAGUUUAUGACUGGCAGAGUCCUAGCUUGCAUCGCGUCACGACCAGGACAGUGUGGACGUUGUGACGGAUACAUUCUGGAGGGCAAGGAGCUUGACUUCUACUUGAGGAAAAUCAAGUCGAAGAAAGCAAAGUAAAGUUCUUGUCACCAUCAUAAAAAUAUACAUAAAUAAAUUCUCUGUGAAGUUGUAAA